UGGAUAAAUUUUGCUGUGACAUGCUUUGAAUUUUUAUUUUUGUUUAGAUAAAUAAAAAAAAUUAUUCUUUUUUAUCAAUUCUCAAUGUUUAAUUUAAAUAAUUCGAUAAUAUUUCAGGAAUUCAUUCGGUCAAGACAGAUCAUUAGCCAACCAAAACAAUUACUUCGAUCUGUCCGAUCAGCAUUGAUUCGUUCGACCAACGUUGAUCAAUCGAAUGAACAUGAUGAUGAAAAUGAAAAAAUACUUGAUGAAGAAUCGGAUUACAAUUAUCUUGGUAUAAAUCUUCCAGAAGAUUAUUCCACAUUACAUGGUGAUUAUGUUCGUAAUGAUCAUUCAAAAUAUCGUGAACAAAUUAUAAAAAAAUAUAAACCAUUAUUACAACCUAAACAAAAACAUGUGAUAGAUGUAAGAAAAAAAUUUGGCCUUUUAAAUGUUCGUUUUGAUUCGGAAAACAAUCCACAAUUUCACGGUGAAUUUGAAAAAACUAAUGAUUUAAUAUUCAAAACUAUGGACGAUGUUAUCAAACAUAUUGGUUCGAAUAAUGUUGAAUUUAAACCAGAACCAAUAAAAAAUCCUAGUCAAAAUAUGAAAAUAGAUUUUGUUUCAGUUGAAAAGGAUGACAGAACGAUACGAAAAUCAACAAAAAAUGAUGAUCGAAUUCAAUUCCGUUUUGCAAAACAAUUAUCAUCUGAAUUAAGAAAAGAUUCCGAAGAAAUUUAUCAAAACAAUGAACAACAAGAUGAUUGGAUUACAUAUGAACGAACAAAACGUGAAUUAUCGAAUACAAAAAAAGAAAAACCAGAACCAUCCGAUUCGGAAAAAAUUAUGGCUGUAAAAUUCGAACCGACCAACAAAGAAGAAGGUAUCAUCAUGAAACCGAACAUAAUUUCUGGUUAUGAAUAUCUAAAACAAAUUCGUACCGGUAAACGAGAACCAAAAUUGGUAAAAGAAUUUGAUGAAAUGUAUCGAUUAAUUCCAAAAGAAAAACUUGAUACAAAAGGCUAUCGAAUAUUAAGCAAUCAGGUACCAGAUUUUUCACGAUUAACUAAUGAUGAAAUAUUGAAAAUGUUAUUGGCACAAAUUUUAUUCAACGAUGAAGAUAUUGUUGCAUUAAAUAAACCAUAUGGUAUUGCUAUACAUGGUGCAUUUGGUUCAACUAAUAAAACUUUAAGUCGAAUGAAUUCUAAAUAUCAUCAAAGUGUAAAUCUUAAUUAUUUUCUACCUAAACUAGCUGAACGUUUUGAAUGUACAAAAUUAUAUACUGUACAUCGUUUAGAUCGUGAUACAACCGGUGUUUUAUUGUUAGCUAAAACACAGGAAAAAGCUAAUCAAUUGAAUCGAUUAUUUAAGGAACAGAAAAUUGUGAAAAAAUAUCUUUGUAUAACAAAAAAUAAACCCGAUAAACCGGAAGGAAUUAUCGAUAUUCCUAUUGAAUUAGGUUAUAUUAAAUUAUCAACACCAAGUGGUGGUAAAAAACGUGAACGAAUGAUAUUAUGUCCAGAACCAGUACAAGAUAUCCGUUUACAACGUAAUUGGCGUACAGCACGUAAAGCUAUUACACAUUAUAAAAUUAAAUCUGAUAAUGGAAAUGCAGCAUUAAUCGAGGUUACACCAGAAACUGGUGUUAGACAUCAAAUUCGUGUACAUCUUGGUUUUGGUUUACGUUGUCCUAUACUUGGUGAUCAUAAAUAUUCAAAUCUAGAUAGUUUAUCACCACAACGUUUACCAUCCGAUAUAUUAAUGGCAUUAAAAAUUCGACAAUCAAAAUCACGUACAAUACCUAUGCAUUUACAUGCAUCAUUUAUAAUGAUACCUGAAUUAGGUAAAAAUGGUCAAAAUAUUUUUAUACGUUCACCAUUACCAUAUCAUUUUAGACAAAAUAUGCGUUCAUUAAAAUUACGAUUAGAUUAAGUAGAAUUCCUUUUUUUUUUGUCCUUUAAAUAUUUGAAAUAAAAUAACUCUUUUGUUCCGAAUCAAGAUAAAAAUCUAAAAAAUCUAAAUUUCAUUAACCUUGUCCUGGGCAAAACUACAAAUCUUCUAAAAGAAAAGAAGAAAAGAUUAUCCAAUUACGGCUACGUUCAACAACAGAAAAAAAAUUUUCUUUUGUCAUUUUUUUUUUCAUCAACAACACUGUCUAAAUAAAGAAUUUUUUCUUUUUCACAUUGGGUGUG